AUGCCUUUGCAUCGCAGGGUCGAGCUGGUACAGAAUGAGCUCUACUCUUCCCGUGUGAAAGACUUCGAGGUGUACGCCCGCCAGAGCAACCCUCGCCAGGACGCUGGAGGGGACUUGGCCGCCGGCCUGGCAAACCCACUGUGGCGCAUGGUGGGGAACUUCACGGCUCCAAAGACUAAGGGCCUGCAGCGGUUUGAGCUGCAGCAUCCCGGCUGGGCGAGGUAUGUGCUGGUGCGCUUCCUCACGCACUACAGCUCAGAACCUGUGUGUGCGAUGAAUGGCAUCGCCGUAUAUGGGAAAAGCGCGGCCGAAGAGCUGGAGGACGAGCUUGCCCAAGAGCUCAAGGCGACCAAGCUGCAAACCAAGAGCCUGGCCAGAAUCGUGUCGGAUAUGCAGGCAAACCACACUGGGAGCAUGGUUGCCCUUCAAGCCGGUCUGGAGACGGUCAAACGGGAACAGGCCAGUCUGCUGAGAGAGCUGGACGAUCUCAGAGCGCAGGUCUUCAUGCUCUGGAUUGCGGUCGGCUCGCUGUCGCUGUGUGUGUGCGCACCGACCAUUCUGCGGGCCGUUCAGAAAUUACCCCUGCGAACCACCAUUGCGGCCCUCAUCAUCGGAGUUGGAGCCUUCGAGUCCUACCGUGUGCUCAUGCUCUGA